AUGGCGACUCCAUCUGAAGCAAUUGCCUGCGAUACCGGUCUAGCAGAUCGUCUCCGUCUCGUAUUACCCAAAGACAUCCCUUUCACCCUCCACCACGUCUCAACACCCCCACGAAAGACGGACGCGCUCUACUCUGCACCACCGAACGAACGACCUGAUCGGACGUAUUGCGAGAACCACUUCCUCACCGUAUCAAUCGAUCUUCCACAGAGUGCAGUGCCAUCACAAAACGGCAACACCCCCCAGAACAGCUCUGAGCCCAACAAACAAGUCGUUGUGCUUGGCAUCGAAAUCUUCAUCUAUACCACCGCCCACUCCACAACCCUGUUCGUGUCCAAGGCCGAUUCGACUGGGUACUUGCCCCUGUUGAACUUGCCAAAGGGUACUCCAAGCCCUAUCCGCGAAGUCUGCGCCGCAUUUGUCGAUUAUCUCGUCGCUGUUCGUAGACGUCCGGAUAUACCCUUCAUAGUCAGCCUGUUUGCUCGAUCGCAAGGACAAUAUCUCUUCCCGGGAAGUGUCGACCACGGGGCCAAACAUGUUCUCGACGAUAGAGGCUUGAUAAAGUGGUGGUGUCGUGUGUUGGAUCCUCUGAUUACAUCUCCUCCUUCUGGUAGAGAUUCGUGGAAGAAUGCCAAAGGCUACCUUGUCAUCCCCGGUCUAGAUGCAUAUGAAACACGCGCAUUUAUUCCCCGAACUGCCGCAGCCGCAUCGUCAUGGUCCCUGACGCAUCCCCUCGAAAGAAUAUCACACUACACUCGAGAGUUCGACUGGGUCCCACCACGAUGUUUAAUCCCACGAUUCCCCGACGAUCCAAAAUCCCGAUUCCGUGAUGAGCUCGACGAAGAAGCAGGUCGUUCUGGUCCUAUGAAGACAUCUGGUAGCUGGAAGACUGUAAAGACACUGGACAUGUUUUGGGAAAUGAUGGCCUACAGGCAAGAAUGCUCGAGUGGUAGGAUGACGGGCUUCAUCUGGGUCGUUUUUGACGACAAGACUCCUCAGACUGAUCAAGAUCAGUCGACAGUAACGCCGGAAACACCUAAAAAGCAGCGAAACGGAGCUGUGAUGGCUCCCAACACCACACCUCGCAAGUUGUUUCCUUCCAAAACGGACAAAUCCGACAAACAACCCAAGAAGAAGUCGGAAAAGAAAAAGAUCAAGCUCAAGGGACCUAUCAAACCCCGUCAGCCACAAGCCAAGACUGCACAGCGGAACCAUUUUCUCAAGGUUCCGGUCCAUAGUCCUUAUUACUACUGGCCCCAAGACGGCAGGGGUUCGCGCAUCGUCAAUGAAACGAUGUACAAGCGAAUCACGGAGCUAAUGCUACACUUGGACUUUUCCAGUAAAGACAAGGCAGUGACUAGUUCCCGGCGAUGGACAAAGGAAGUUGGCCAAGGUGGUGACUGGGGAGUGAGGGUUGUGGGUGCAAGGGAGCCCACCUUGACUGCUGUGGAGGGUGCUGAAGGUGCUGAAGUGAAUAAUCUUUCUGGGCUAGUGAAGAGAAAGAGGGCCGAUACGUCAGGGGAUGGAGUCAAUGUCCUUGGUGCGGGAUUGGUGAAGAAGAAAGCCAAGGACGAAGCGGAGAGCCAGCCUGGGGUUAACGUCUUGACAGCUGGUCUGGUCAGGAAGAAGCCAAAGGCAGAGGAAUGA